AUGGCCCAGGGUUCAGCACUUAUUCCGGUGGAGUGGGCUCUAACCAACAUGAUUACCCGCCUUCCGCGACAUCUCUAUAAUGUUGCUAUAGAUGUGAUUGCAACUCAGUUUGUGGAAAGCAACCGCUCUAUCACCUGUGGACUGUUCUCCCACCAAAGUGCUCCUGACGAAGUUGAGCCCAGUCAAAUCCAAUUAAACAAGAAGUAUCAUUUCACUAUCAUCAUAAGUUUGAAAGUUAUGAGCGUACAGAAACCACUUAAUCCUCAUGGGGUAUCUAGAAUCUGGUCCUGGUCCACAAAUCCAUGGAAAUCAUCGAUAGCUACUUACACGCCUUGGCGGUCUAUGCUAAACUUCACGACAAAAUCUAAAAUCCAUUUGUUGAUGCGAAAUUUGUCGCGGGGCUCAUGUUGUCAUCGAACACUGACCGGGUAUUUCUGUUACUAG